CAUUCACAUUCAUGUUAGAAAAUUCGCCAAACAACAGUCUCGCUUGAUUUUCUUUUCAAGAAGCGCACAAAGGAGGGAAAAAAUAUCCUUGAAAAGAGUGUAAGUAGAGAAAUCAUCUUCAUUUGCCUUUUUCAUCCAAAACUAUCGACUCAUUCAUCUAUCCGUACCAUAGCAUCAGAAUUUCCUAAAGAUACAAAAAUACAGAAGAUGGGGCGCAUUCCUUGUUGUGAGAAGGACAAUGUCAAAAGGGGACAAUGGACCCCUGAAGAAGACAACAAGCUCGCCUCUUACAUCGCCCAACACGGAACCCGUAACUGGCGCCUCAUUCCCAAAAAUGCCGGCCUGCAGAGAUGUGGAAAAAGCUGUAGGCUGCGAUGGACUAACUACCUCCGACCAGACUUGAAGCACGGUGAAUUCUCAGAAGCAGAGGAGCAAACCAUCAUGAGGCUCCAUGCUGUCCUUGGUAACCGGUGGUCGAUAAUUGCGGCUCAGUUGCCCGGUCGCACGGACAAUGAUGUCAAGAACUACUGGAACACGAAGCUGAAAAAGAAGCUUUCGGGAAUGGGAAUCGAUCCGGUUACUCACAAGCCAUUCUCCCACCUCAUGGCUGAGAUUGCCACGGCACUGCCCCCACCGCACGUGGCUCAUCUUGCAGAGGCAGCCCUCGGCUGCUUCAAAGAUGAAAUGCUUCACCUGCUGACCAAGAAGCGCGUCGACUUCCAGCUCCAACAAUCCAAUGCACCACAUGGGACGAGUACAUCCACUUGUCUCACCACUAAAAGUGAUGAGAAAGAGGAUACUGUGGAGAAGAUCAGGCUGGGCUUAUCGAGGGCCAUUCUGGAACCUGACAUGCUGUCUCCAGGCAAGCCAUGGGAGCCAAUUGGGGCGCCUACCACGAACUUCAUAGGAGCAUGCAGUGGCUUCCCUCAAUCUGCCUCAGAAUUUCAGUAUGGCCAUUCAGGGUUUGGCAACGAAGGGGAUGGCUCACCUUGGAACCCAAGUAUGUGUACCGGAAGCACCUGCACCGCGGGGGAACAACAAGGCCGGUUAGAUGGCAUAAUCGAGGAAGAGAAUGGAGAGGAGUCCAAAGGAGAGAAAGACUUAGGAAGCGGAUCCAGCAUAUUCAACUCGGACUGCGUUUUAUGGGAUUUACCAGCGGAUGAUCUUAUGAAUCCCAUUAUGUAAUGAGGCUUAUCAAGUAACAGCAGGCACUAGGCAAAGAAGGCAAGAUCCACUGGAAUUGAAGGAAAUAAUGAACUUAUCAUAGCAGUGAAUAAUGACACCAAAUGUACAUAAUACUUUUAUAAACUAUAAAAUAACUUUUAUCAA